ACGGAACAGCAGCACCACAUACUCCGUUUGAAGAUUAUGCUGCGGCUUCUGGCCAUUUUGUAGAAGGCAGAAUGAGGAGGUGAAGAAGAAACAAAAUAACGCACUAGGAGGGAAGGACAAAUUCGGAGGGCGCUCACGAAGAGACAGUCAGCCUAAAAGCAAGAUUUAAAAAAAAGAUAUAGAUAUAUAUACCCGCCUCAGUGGUUUACCAUCCGUACACCCCAUCUGAAUCGUGGAUUAUUACGAGGAAAUCGCAUUGGAACCAUGAGCUGGGGUUCAGAGCUAUGGGAUCAGUUUGAUAACUUGGAGAAGCAUACACAGUCGGGCAUCGAGUUUGUGGAGAGGUACACCAAAUUCGUCAAAGAGCGAUCGGAGAUUGAAAUCAACUAUGCAAAGCAGAUUAAGAAUCUAUCAAAGAAGUAUCAACCCAAGAAGAACUCAAAAGAGGAGGAGGAGAACAAGUACACGUCAUGCCGGGCCUUCCUGUCGACACUGAAUGAGCUGAACGACUACGCAGGUCAGCACGAAGUCAUCGCUGAGAACCUGACCUCUCAGAUCAUCACAGAACUCUUGCGGUACCUCACGGAACUCAAGGCUGAGAGGAAAUCGCAUUUCCAUGAUGGACGUAAAGCACAGCAACACAUUGAAUGCUCGUGGAAACAGCUGGAGUCGAGUAAACGGCGGUUCGAGAGGGACUGUAAAGAGGCGGACAGGGCGCAGCAGUACUUUGAGAGAAUGGACGCCGACAUCAAUGUGACGAAGGCAGACGUGGAGAAGGCGCGGCAGCAGGCUCAGAUGAGACACCAGAUGGCAGCUGACAGUAAGAGUGAAUACUCCAACUUCCUGACCAAGUUCAACCAGGAACAGAACGAGCAUUACUACACUCUCAUCCCCAAUAUAUUCCAGAAACUCCAGGAGAUGGAGGAGAGGCGGAUCGAGAGGGUGGGUGUGUCCAUGAAGACGUACGCGGAGGUGGACCGAGAGGUGCUGCCUAUCGUAGGGAAAUGUCUAGACGGAAUGACUAAGGCUGCCGAGUCCAUUGAGCCUAAGACUGACUCGAAGCAGGUGGUGGAGUCGUAUAAGUCUGGGUUCGAGCCCCCGGGGGACGUAGAAUUUGAGGACUAUGGGCCAGGCCAGUCCAUGAAGAGGACGGUCUCCGAAACCAGCCUGUCCAACUCACGAGGAGAGGCCAAGGAACGACCCAGCGGGGGCAAGAGCAAGGGCAAACUGUGGCCUUUCAUUAAGAACAAGAACAAGCUUAUGUCCCUGUUAACGUCCCCGCACCAGCCCCCUGCCCCCCAGCCUCCAGCCCCCUCACCCUCUGCUGUUCCCAACGACCCCCAGUCUCCCAAGCAGAACAAGGAGCCCCUCUCCAAUCGCUUCAAUGAGUUCAUGGCCUCCAAACCCAAAAUGACUUGCCUCCGGAGCCUGAGGCGAGGGCUUUCUCUCAAGCUGAUCACACUCAAUUCCCACGUCCGGAAUCUUAUUGAGGGCUCUGGACCAGAGGACUUCAGCCACCUGCCCCCAGAGCAGAGAAGAAAGAAGCUUCAGGCCAAGAUAGAUGACUUAAACAAGGACAUCCAGAAAGAGAUGGACCAGAAAGAUGCCCUAACUAAGAUGAAGGGGGUGUAUGAGAAGAACCCUCAGAUGGGUGACCCUGCCAGUGUGGACCCCCGCCUAGUAGAGGUGGCAAUGAACAUCGAGAAACUGCAGUCCGAGGUGCAGAAAUUCGAGGGAUGGCUAGCUGAGGUGGAGGGGAGGUUACCAUCGAAGAGCGAUCCUCCCAGGAGACAGAGUGGUCUGUACGAGACACAGAACAGCAACAGCAGCACGGUUGCCAACAACUGUGCACAGGACAGAGAGAGCAGCCCGGAUGGCAGUUACACAGAGGAGCAGAGUUCAGAGACUCAGGUCAAGGUGGCCAUAGCCAACACUCCAGAGUUUGAUGAUGAGUUUGACGAUGGGGAUGAGGAGACGCUGCCCACUAUCGGCACCUGUAAAGCCAUCUACCAAUUUGAAGGUAAUACACCUUUAACAGGUCAUAAUGAGGGGACUAUAUCAGUGACAGAGGGAGAGCUGUUGUAUGUGAUAGAGGAGGAUAAAGGUGAUGGCUGGACACGCGUCCGCAGAAACGAAGAGGAGGAAGGCUACGUGCCCACGUCUUAUGUCGAGGUCCUUUUGGAAACAAACGCCAAAGAUUCCUAAAAGUGUGAGAGGCUGGCUCAGAAAUGGCAGGGCAAGCAGCCUCGGAGACAGAGCAACCACAUUCACGUUCCUUUUAUUGUCAUAGAGUCAGAAAGAGAGAGAGACAUGACCGAGACAAAAACGGGAGAUCGAUAAUGAUGCAUCUCAAUUUCCAACCCGAUACAUACGUAGAGUUCUCUUCUUUUGCAACAGUUUCUGACCAGAAGCAACAAUAAUAAGCAUCACAAUUUUGCACCCGUAAAUCUUUUAAUAGUCCAUUACACAUUUAUAAUUUUGCUUCCGUUGUCGCUGCAAAGCUUUGCUUCUCGAUGUACUAACUCAGCUUCCGCAACGCGGCGUUACCAUGGCGGCUGUUAGCUCUCUCGCCUCAAAUCCCAACCCGCUCCCAUGCCACCCCUCCCCAAACCCCUUCCUAAAUCACGGCAGGGUGUGGUCAGAGACAAGACCAGCUCCCCCUCAUGGAAGGGGGGAAGAAGCAACACAAUCUCCCCCCACAAACCCGCUUGCUUACACCCCACCCAUACCAUCUCACCUGACCAGACCAUCAGACAGGAAGGCUGGAGAGGAAGCCAAACCGUGUCCCUCCAGUCCACCCUUGCAUUCAAACCAAUCAGGUGGAUACAGUUGCCGUAUCUCUCUCUCUCACUCAUUGACUCAGAGCCAUCAUCAUAGAAGGAACAGUCCAGAUUCAGCAUCACUUGGAGAGCCGUGGAGUACCCAUGGAAACAACGCAGUCAUUCCACUCUCUCAGACCACAGCUCCAUAUUUUGCAGGUUUCAAAUGGACUAAAACAUGGACCGAUUGGUCAUCUUACUGUAUGUGUGUAUGAAAAAGCUUCAUUUAUGGUGUGUGUCUUCUGUGGUGUUUGUCAGUAUCAUGUACAUCCUCCAUACAUGUUUGGGGAGAGGACAGGACUAGGAGCUCCAGGACCGAGAGGGGUUGGGGUGGGAAAGGGGACAGGUUCACUUUACUUCAUCUCACCUGCACUCUCUCCCUACCAUACUAUCAUGUGUUGUUACUGGCAUCCACUCAAAGUGGUGGAAAAAGUAUCCAAUUGUCAUACUUGAGUAAAAGUAAAGAUACCUUAAUAGAAAAUUACUAAAUUAAAAGUUAGUCACCCAGUAAAAUAUUACUUGAGUAAAAGUAUAUAAGCAUUUGGUUUUAAAUAUACUUAAGUAUCUAAAGUAAAUGUCAUUGCUAAAAUAUACUUACGUAUCAAAAGUAAAAGUACAAAGGAUUUCACAUUCCUUAUAUUAAGCAAACUAGGAGGCACUAUUUUCUUGUUUUUUAAAUUAACAUAUAGCCAGGGGCACACUCCAACACUCAGGUAACACUCAAAUAUCACAAAACAAAUAUCUAAAAGAAAAAUUAUUGUUUAAUGAGUCCGCCAGAUCAGAAGCAGUAAGGAUGACCAGGGAUGGUCUCUUGAUAAGUGAGUGAAUUGCAACAUUUUACUGUCCUGCUAAGUAUUCAGUACUUUUGGGUGUCAGGUAAAAUGUAUGGAGUAAAAAGUACACUAUUUUCUUUAGGAGUGUAGUGAAGUAAAAUUUGUCAAAAAAAUGAAUAGUAAAUUCAAUUACAGAUAUCCCAAAAAAUGACUUAAGUAGUACUUAAUUUAAAUAUUUUUACUUUGAAGUACUAUACACCACUGAUCUCGUCUGCUCCUCUCUCUGGCCACACCCCUCCCCUCCUCAAACCCCUCCACCACAGGUGGCAGAUGCUGGUCAUUGGCUGCGUUGAUGGCCAUGUCAUAGCUUAGGAUGGGGCUCCUCUCGGGCAGUGCGUGCAGUAUGCAUGCAUGCCCUGUCUCCUCUUUGACUCGCCACCCUACAGCUCGGCUC